AUGAGCGCGCCGGAGGCGGAGGGGUCUCAGGCGCGCGGCGCGGGGCUGGGCUCCAGAUCGGGUUCGAAUCCGUUGGGCCAGCCGGCGGCGCUGAGUCGCUCGGGCUCCAAAGUGGAGGCGGCGACCAACAUGGCCGCUGUUGUCGCACCCAUGCUGCCAGUCACGCCGAUCGCCGCAGGCGUUGUUAACUCCGAGUGCCCGGCUUCAGCCGCGGCUGCGGAGCAAGAACAGGAGAAAUUGAUCCGAGAAGAAGACGCGGAGAAGGCCGAGAAAGCGAGACUCGAAAGGGCCUCCGAGAGCCCUGAUCUCGGCGAUGAGCCAGCGACCCCGGCGGGCGCGGCGCAGACGAGCGGCCGCGCCGGAGCCCAAGGCGCCGUCGCGACCGCCUACGCGCCCGUGCCAGGGGACGAGGACCUACAGCCGAAGAAAAACAAGGUUUCCCUGCUCGCACCCUAUACCUACGCGACGGCAACCGACUUCCUCCUGCUGCUCAUUGGAACUCUCUUCAGCAUCGGCGGAGGCGCCAUGAUGCCCAUCUUCAUGUCGCUCUUCGGCGACGUCAUUACGGAGCUCAACACGACGCUCGACAUCAGUCACAUGUGCUCAGUCAUGGGCGGCGUCGCGGCCGCCGCGUUCGUCGCCUCCUGGGCCUCUGCGUCGUGCUUCGAGUUCGUCGCAGACCAACAGGUGGCGCGCAUGAAGCUCCAAUACUUCAGCUCCACGAUGCAACAGGAGAUGGCGUACUUCGAUUUGAACGACGCAGGCACGCUCCCGACGCGACUCGAAUCGAACAUCGUCACCACGCGCAACGCCAUCGGAAUCAAGCUGGCGACGCUGAUUCAGUUCGCGACGGUCGCCAUGGGCGGCUUCAUUCUGGGCUUCGUACGGAGUUGGAAACUGACGUUGGUGACGCUCGCUGGACUGCCGGUCCUUGUGCUUCUCGGAUGCGUCCUCGGCUACUGCCUCAGCAAAAGCGAGAAGGAGACGAUCUCGAAGCACAAGGAAGCAGGAAGCUUGUCUGAAGAGGCGCUUCUCGGCAUCCGCACCGUCGUCGCGCUCGGCGGCGAAGAGAGAACUGCGACGGAGUACAAGAAAAAGCUGUCAGAGGCGGAGUACAUUGGCACAUAUUGGGCCUUUUUUUCGGCUCUCUGCAUCGGCGUGUUGAUGGGGACAAUUUUUCUGCUGUUUGCUGUCGGAUUUUGGUACGGAGGCCGCAUGGUCGCGGACAGCGUCGAGGAGGCACUUGAUGGGCAGCCGCCUCCGCCGCCCGACAGCGAUCCCGCGACAUGGCCAAAGCCUCGCUUCCGCGGCGGGGACGCCAUCACUGUCUUCUUCGCCGUCAUUCAAGCCUGCUUCGCGAUCGGCAACAUCGUCCCGAACCUCACGGCGUACCUGAAGGGCGCUGCGGCGGCCGGCGACCUCUUGGCGCUAAUCGAGCGCGAGUCGGCUAUCGACCCUCUGAGCUCCGACGGUCAGAAGGACGUCCCCCUGAACGGCGACAUUCGCUUCGAGAACGUCGUCUUCGCCUACCCGGCUCGGAAGGAGAAGAAAAUCUUCAACGGCCUGAACCUGACGCUGCCUGCGGGAAAGACUGUGGCGCUCGUUGGAACGUCAGGUAGCGGAAAAUCGACCAUCGUCCAAAUGCUGCAGCGUCUCUACGACCCCGACGGCGGGCGGAUUCUCGUCGGCGACACGCCUCUGCGAGACAUCAACAUCCAGUAUCUGCGCGCGCAGCAAGGCAUUGUCAGCCAGGAACCGAAGCUGUUUUCUGUUUCGAUCGGCGAAAACAUCGCGCUGGGCGCCUGGGGCCGCGCAGUCACGCAGGCGGAGAUGGAAGAGGCUGCGAAGAAGGCGAAUGCACACGACUUUAUCUCGCAGUUCCCGGAGGGGUACAAUACAGACUGCGGACUUUUCGGCGGGCAGCUCUCCGGCGGACAGAAGCAGCGCAUUGCGAUCGCGAGGGCGAUGGUCAGGCGACCCUCAAUUUUGAUAUUCGAUGAGGCAACUUCUGCGCUGGACACCGUUUCGGAGAAGGUCGUGCAAGAGGCGCUGGACAAGCUGAUUGAGACCACGAAGGCGACGACAAUCAUCGUCGCGCACCGCUUGAGCACGAUUCGCAACGCAGAUCAAAUCAUCGUCUUGGAUGCGCGCUCGGGCACCGGCUCGGAGGUUGUCCAGAUCGGCACCCACGAGACGCUCAUGGCACAGACGGACGGUCUGUACUACCAGCUGGUCCAGUCGCAGCUGAUGGGGACGAAGGCUGAGUCGGAGAAAGCCAAGGGCGCGCCGCAGCCGACUUACGAGAGAGAUCUGACGGGCGAGAUGAUUUCGCAGCAAAUUUCGCGAAAGCUCACCCAGAUGUCGAGGAUUCGGGGCUCCUUCAGCUCGCUUGGCCUGCACGCGGACACCAAAAUCACUGAUGCAGGGAGCACGGUCGCGCCCGUGCACGUGGCGUCGACGAAGGUAGCGGAGAGGGGCUUGGCGGGCUUCCGUCGACGCGUCGCCAGAUUCCUCCAGCUGCGCACGCUCUCCCUCCUCAAACCCUGGUGGCCGAUUUGCACCAUUGGACUCGUUGCGGCGGCCUGCUCGGGAGCCACGUUUCCGGUCUUCGGCGUCGUCUUCUCUAAGUUCAUCACCGUCUACUUCUAUCCAGACCCGGAGAAAAUUCGCGACGACGCGGGCUUCUGGAGUUUGAUGUUUGUCGCAGUCGCGGGCAGCCAGGUGAUUGUCGAGGCUUGCAAGUUCUUCGCGAUCGAGUUCAGUGGUCAUAAGCUCGUCGCGAUUCUCCGCGGCCGCGCCUUCACGCAGACUCUUCACCAGGAGAUUGCCUUCUUCGAUCGUCAGGAAAACAACGUCGGAUAUUUGAGCGGCGUGCUUUCGAGCGACGUGCUUCUCGUCAAGACUGGUAGCGCCGGAAACACCAUCGCACUUACGCAGAGCAUGGCGGCCGUUGUCACAGGUAUCGCCAUUGCCUUCUGCGGAGACGCGCGCCUGGCUGCCGUCGUCCUCACCUGCUUCGUCGUGCUCAUUCCCGCCAGCGCAGGACAGGCUCGCGUCUCGUCCCCGAAAGGCAGAGUGGGUGAGAAGGACGAAGAAAGCGCCGACGAUCGCGACACUGCGGCGUUUGUGAUGAGCGAGGCUUUGAACGGAAUGCGCGUGGUAUCUGCCUUCGGCCUCGAGCAUUACUUCACCGAACGCUACCGAAAAGUUCUCCACAAGACGCUCCGCGAGGAAAGGCGAACUGCCAUAGUCCUCGGAUUCUUCUGGGGCUUCAGCCAGGGCGCUCAAUACGCGGUCAACGCGCUGACCUUCUGGUAUGGCGGGCACCUCAUCGAGACUGAGAACAAAGAUCCCAUGGGCAUCAUGCAGACGAUGUUUGCACUCAUGUUCGCCGGCUCCGCCAUUGGUCAGACUGUGCUCUUCUCCUCAGACGCCGCGAAGGCCGAGAAGGCCUCUGACCGAGUCUUUCACCUCAUCGAUCGCCCCUCUCAGAUCGAUUCGCGAGAUCCCGGCGGAAAGAUCCUGACUGCGAAGGAUUUUUCAGGCCACGUCCGCGUCGGCAGCAUCAACUUCAGAUAUCCUGCGCGCCCCAACAUCCCGGUUUACCGCCGUCUCUCCUUCGACAUGAAACCAGGCGAAACUGUCGCCCUUGUGGGUGCUUCAGGCUGCGGAAAGUCAACAGUCGUUCAGCUCCUCGAGCGGUUCUACGACCUCGACAACAGCGACGCAGUUGAGGCGAGCGUCACGACGGGGAAGUUGGAUCCAGAGGAACCUGACUUUGCUGCGUAUCUGAAGGAGGAGCGGAGAGACGCGAAGACUUUCAAGAAUGGGAGCAUCAGCUUCGAUGGAACAGACAUUCGCGAAAUCAACCUGCGAUCUCUCCGCUCGCUCAUCGGCCUCGUCGGACAGGAGCCCGUUCUGUUUAGCAUGUCAGUCGAGGAAAACAUUCGCUACGCCAAGCCCGACGCCACGCAAGAGGAAGUCGUUCAGAUGGCGAAGCUCGCGAACGCCCACGGGUUUAUUUCCACGUUCCCAGACGGCUACGCCACGCAAGUCGGCAAGGGCGGCAGCCAGCUCUCCGGCGGACAGAAGCAGAGAAUCGCAAUCGCAAGAGCUCUGUUGACGCAGCCGCGCAUGCUGAUUUUGGAUGAGGCGACGUCGGCGCUUGACGCAGAGAGCGAGCGCGUUGUGCAGGCUACGCUCGAUGAAAUCAUUGCCUCGAAAGACCGCGUGACGCUGAUGAUCGCCCAUCGGCUUUCCACAGUGCGCGACGCAGAUAAAAUCGUCGUUCUGAGCAACGAAGACAAACGCGGAAGCCAAGUGGUGGAAGCGGGAACGCACGAGGAGCUCAUGGAGAUUCAAAACGGGGUGUACAGACACCUGGUGAAGGUCGCGGAGGGAGGGAAAUGA